AGGUUAACUUUUAUUUUUCAGUUUCAUCAUGGCACUGGUGAGAAGUCUUCUGCUUCUUUUCACUGUGUUCUCUCUGGGGAACGCAGAAGAUUUAGCUCAACGAUGCCCCUAUGGAUGGACAAAUUUUGGAGUCGAAUGCUACAAGUUUUUCUCUCAGACAGUCAACUGGGCCACAGCAGAGAAGAACUGCCUAAGUCUGGAUGCAAAUCUCGCAUCUGUACAUAAUAAAAUACAACAAGAUUUUCUCCUGAGUCUGGUGCCUUCAUCUUCCACACGUUGCUGGUUUGGUACUCAUGAUGGUGAACAAGAUGGACAGUGGUUUUGGACUGAUGGAACUCCGUUUGACUUCACCUACUGGGCCCGUGGACAACCUGACAAUCUGAAUGUUGAGAACUGCGGAGAGUUCAACUAUGAGAAUAACCGCUGGAACGAUGCAGCCUGUUUAACCUCACUGAGUUAUGUUUGCGCUAAACACCUGUGAGAUCACAUACAGUCAUCUUGUUCCUCAGUUACUUGUGUGUCAGUGAUUGCACUACAUUUACAUGUUCUGAUCUUAUCUUUACAAAUGUUAUUCUGAAAUUAAACUUUUCUUUUCUUUAAGUAUUUUCUCAACUUUAAUCUCUUAUCUAUACUGAAACACUGCUCAAAUCAAUAAAAGGUAUUUUUAAAGGCAAAAAAUUGUCUUGCAAAGAUUUAAUAUAUAGUUAUUAGAAUGGCUUUAUAGGCUUUAAGUGAUGUCAUCAUCAAGGGAGG